AACUCUUCUCUCUUCAAGUUACCAAACCGAAUCAUUCAUCAAGAGAAAAAUGGCACAAUUCAUGAAGCUACUCGUGACAAUUGCAUUAACAUUCGCAAUUACAACCGCCAUCAUCACCACAACAACUACCAGAACAAACCCCAGAACGGAAACAUUUGCUCUCAAAGACCCUCUCAAGGACCUUACACCCCCAGGAGCGAAUAAGAUCAGACCGAGUAGGUUCUUGGCCCAAAGAUAUGACGAGGGUCAAAGACCUAAAGCCCGUAACUCAAAUGCAGCUGGCCGUUGCAACAAAGAUUCAGAGAUCUGCAGUAGCACCGCAGCAAACUCUACAAUGACUUGUUGCAACAAAAAGUGUAUAGAUUUAUCAACAGACAGACAAAACUGCGGUGCGUGUAAGAAGAUAUGCAAGUACGGGGAAAUAUGCUGUGGCGGUCAGUGCGUUAGCUGGAGAUACGAUCCUCGCCAUUGCGGUAAGUGUAACAAUCGUUGCAAACCAUUCGCGUCAUGCUACGCCGGUCUUUGUGAGUACGCGUGAUGAUUCAAUCAUUCAUUGACGUCAUGCCAGCGUUUCACAUCAUGGUAUAUAUAAAAAUAUCAUUUUCUACUUUUAAUGUCUACGAAUAAAAUGGAACAUCUUCGAUUCCAGUACCACUGCUGUUUUUAGUAAGUUAAUUAUAUAUGAGUGUGAAAAAGAGUGCAUUAUAUUCACUCUAAAUAAUAUCGUCAAUAAUGUUUUUUUAAGUAUAUAUACAAAAUAAAAUAAGAAAAUCUCUUUUCCCUUA